CAGCUAUAUUUUUAAAGAGACUACAUAUUGUACAUACUCGCUUCAUAGUGUAUAACAAUCACUUCCAAUCAACAUUAUGAAAUAUCUAACAAUAUUUCUAUUUGGAUUUUUGUUUUACAACUAUAUAAAUACCGAAGAAGUAAAAAAAUUUCGUCAUUGUUUAAAUUCGAAUUGUGUUGUUACGAAUGUACAUAUAGAACCAUGUCCAGAAGCUUUGGAUGAUAACCCGUGUGAAAUAUCUUUGGGAAACAACGCAACUAUAACAUUUAAUUAUCAACCUCACUUCAAAACACAAGCUCCAAAAUCUAGAUUGUAUGGUGUAAAAGUUAUCGACUUUCCAUUUCUAGACAUGGAUUCAAAUGGGUGUUUAUAUACAAGUUGUCCAUUAGAAGUUAAUGUAACAAAACAAUACAAAUUUGAAUUUCAUGCAUCAGAAAUAUUUCCCAGGGGUGAUCAUUUAACCAAAAUGAGAAUUUGGGACGAUUCAGAAAAAGCAAAGUUUGAAGACCAAUGUUGCAUUUUAUUUGAUGUAAAAUUAAUAUAAUGUUUUUAUUUUUUAUACACAUAAUUUUUAUUUGCGUUUAUGUUGAAUUCUUAAAUUAUUUUGUUAAAUCUACAAAUAAGUUGAUAACAAAUUACUAAAAUUUAAAUAAAUAAAAGUUGUUCCAUUUCAA